CAGCAUCAUUUCCUUAUUAUGAGUCGGACGGUUGAGUGUGGCUCACUUCACUACAGCAGGGAGAAGACUAAGGUCUCCAGUCUACUAUGGAUGAGGAGAGAGAGGAGGAGGGUCCUACCUCUAAGACCACUCUGUCUGGGGAACAUGGCCGCCGGAGCAAAGCUAAGAGCCCAGAGCAGCAGCAGAGAGCAGACUCCCCUGGACCCAGCUGUGUCUCCAUGAAGAGUGACCACUCUAUGGGUCAUCCUGAUAACUUUAAAGAUGGAAAUCAGUCUAUUGCCGCGAGAAGAGUCCAGCAGAAAAGAAUAGACUCCCCUGGACCCAGCUGUGUCUCCAUGAAGAGUGACCGGUCUAUGGAUAAAGCAUGGCAGUUUAAAGAUGGAAAUCAGUCUAUUGAGAAGAGACACCAGGAGAGGCCAAUGGCUACCAGUGCUCAGUCUGUACAGCAGCAUCAAACAGAGCUGGAGAUGAACAAGAAGGAACUGGCUGACCCACUGUGGGGCGGAUCUGAUGCUGUCGAGUGCCAACAUAAAAUAAAGUCUCAUUUGAGGAAGAAGUUCAAGUGUGUGUUUGAGGGAAUCGCUAAAGCAGGACAUCCAACAGGCCUGAAUGACUUCUACACAGAGAUCUUCAUCACAGAGAGAGGCAGUGGAGAGGUGAUCAAGGAACAUGAGGUCAGACUGAUUGAAAAAGCUUCCAGGAAACCAGUCAAGGAAGAAACACCAAUCAAAUGUGAAGACAUCUUUAAACCCUUACCUGGACAAGAUCAAACAAUCAGAACCAUGAUGACAACUGGAGUGGCCGGCAUUGGUAAAACCGUCUUAACACACAAGUUCACUCUGGACUGGGCUGAGGGCAAAACCAACCAGGACAUACACUUCACAUUUCUCCUCACUUUCAGAGAGCUGAAUUUACUGAAAUGGAAAGAGUUUAGCUUGGUGGAACUUCUUCAUCACUUCUUUAUUGAGACCAAAGAAGCAGGAAUCUGCAGAUUCCACCGGUUCCAAAUUGUCUUCAUCAUGGAUGGUCUGGAUGAGUGUCGACUUCCUCUGGACUUCCAGAACAACCCGAUCUGGACUGAUGUCACAAAGUCCACCUCGGUGGACGUGCUGCUGACAAACCUCAUCAGGGGCGACCUGCUUCCCUCCGCUCGCAUCUGGAUAACAACACGCCCUGCGGCAGCCAAUCAGAUCCCUGCUGAGUGUGUUGACAUGGUGACAGAGGUGAGGGGGUUCACCGACCCACAGAAGGAGGAGUACUUCAGGAAGAGAUUCAGAGAGGAGACGCUGGCCAACACGAUCCUCUCCCACGUCAAGAAAUCACGAAGCCUCCACAUCAUGUGUCACAUCCCAGUCUUCUGUUGGAUCACUGCUACUGUUCUGGAGGACAUCUUAAAAACAUCCAAGAGAGGAGAAGAGAUGCCCAAGACCGUGACUCAGAUGUACAGCCACUUCCUGAGGGUUCAGUCCAUACAGGGGGACAGGAAGUACCAUGGGAGGGCUGAAACAGAUCCAGACUGGAGUUCAGAGAGCAAGGAGAUCAUUGUUUCUCUGGGAAAACUGGCUUUUAACCAGCUGGAGAAAGGCAACCUGAUCUUCUACGAGGCUGACCUGGAAGAGUGUGACAUCGAUAUCAGAGCAGCCUCAGUGUACUCAGGGGUGUUCACCCAGAUCUUCAAAGAGGAAUGUGGGCUGUACCUGGACAAGGUGUUCUGCUUUGUCCAUCUGAGCAUCCAGGAGUUUCUGGCUGCCCUUUAUGUCUUUCAGUCCUUCAUCCACACUGGAGUCAAUCUGCUCUCAGAAGAUAAAUCAACCUCCAGGAAAGAUAAACUCCUCCUCCUCUACCAGAGUGCGGUGGACAAGGCCUUACAGAGUGAGAACGGACACCUGGACUUGUUCCUCCGCUUCCUCCUGGGCCUCUCUCUGGUGACCAAUGAGAUUCCCCUACGAGGUCUGCUGGGAAAGACAAGAAGUAGAUCACUGAUCCCUCGGAUUAAACAUGGUCUGAUGCAACUGACACGAAGCUGCUCACAGACCAAUAAAAAAACAGUGUCUUACAUCAAGGAGAAGAUAGGUGGAGAUCUCUCUUCAGAGAGAAGCAUCAAUCUGUUCCACUGUCUGAAUGAGCUGAACGACCGUUCUCUAAUGGAACAGAUCCAACAGUCCCUGACAUCAGGAAGUCUCUUCAAAAAACGUGUUUCUCCUUCUCAGUGGUCAGCUCUGGUCUUCAUCUUACUGUCAUCAGAAGUGGAGCUGGACGUGUUUGACCUGAAGAAAUACAAAGCUUCAGAGGAGGGUCUUCUGGGGCUGCUGCCAGUGGUCAAAGCCUCCAGAACAUCUCUGCUGGAUGGCUGUGAUCUGUCAGAGAGAUGCUGUGAAGCUCUGGCCUCAGUUCUCAGCUCCAACUCCUCUAGUCUGAGAGAGCUGGACCUGAGCACCAAUGAUCUGCAGGAUUCAGGAGUGAAGCUGCUCUCUGCUGGACUGGGGAGUCCACACUGUACACUGGAAACUCUCAGGCUCAAUGGAUGUCGUCUGUCAGAGAGAUGCUGUGAAGCUCUGGCCUCAGUUCUCAGCUCCAGCUCCUCUAGUCUGAGAGAGCUGGAGCUGAGUACCAAUGAUCUGCAGGAUUCAGGAGUGAAGCUUCUCUCUGCUGGACUGGGGAGUCCACACUGUACAUUGGAAACUCUCAGGUUGAAAGGCUGUCAUCUGUCAGAGAGAUGCUGUGAAGCUCUGGCCUCAGUUCUCAGCUCCAACUCCUCUAGUCUGAGAGAGCUCGACCUGAGUACCAAUGAUCUGCAGGAUUCAGGAGUGAAGCUGCUCUCUGCUGGACUGGGGAGUCCACACUGUACACUGGAAACUCUCAGGCUCAAAGGCUGUCAUCUGUCAGAGAGAUGCUUUGAAGCUCUGGCCUCAGUUCUCAGCUCCAACUCCUCUAGUCUGAGAGAGCUGGAGCUGAGUUCCAAUGACCUGCAGGAUUCAGGAGUGAAGCUGCUCUCUGCUGGACUGGGUAGUCCACACUGUACACUGGAAACUCUCAGGUUGUCUGGCUGCCUGGUCACACAGGAAUGCUGUGCUUCUCUGGCCUCAGCUCUGAGCUCCAACCCCUCCCAUCUGAGAGAGCUGGACCUGAGCUACAAUCACCCAGGAGACUCUGGAGCUGCACUGCUCUCUGCUGGACUGGAGGAUCCACGCUGGAGACUGGACACUCUCAGUGUGGAGCACGGUGGAGUGUGGAGGCUGAAACCAGCUCUAAAGAAGUAUGCCUGUGAACUCACAUUGGACCCAAACACAACCUUCAGACGACUCUCUCUGUCUGAGGACAACAGAAAGGUGACGCGGGUUGGAGAGGACCAGUCGUAUCCGGAUCACCCAGACAGAUUUGACUACUGUUCCCAGUUGUUGGGUAGAGAGGCUCUGACUGGCCGCUGUUACUGGGAAGUAGAGUGGAAAGGAAAUGUUGAGAUAGGAGUGACAUACAUAGGAAUCACAAGGAGAGGAGGGGGUGUUGACAGCAGGCUUGGGUUGAACAACAAGGCCUGGAUUCUUGUUUGUGAUGAUGAUCAUUACUCUGCCCGGUACAACGGUAGACUAACAGUCCUCCGUCUACCCCCCGCUGGCUCCACCAGAGUAGGAGUGUAUCUGGACCGGCCUGCUGGCUCUCUGUCCUUCUACAGAGUGACCCCAGGUGGAGGAGGGUCCUCAGACACACUGACACACGUCAACACCUUCCAGGCAUCCUUCACCCAGGAGGACCUCCUCCCUGGGUUUGAGGUGUAUGGGGAGGGUGACUCAGUGUCUCUGUGUCGGUUGUAAAAAACGAAAGGGGGGGCGGGCGGUUACACACAUUGCCUUAUCGUUAGAGGAUGAGAGGCUUUUGAUGAAGAGGCUUUGGAGGCCUGAGAGGACUGAUGACUCAGUGUCUGUGUGGCAGUUAUAGUCUCUCGCUCUCUCUCGCUCUCUCUCUAUUUCUUUCCUGCCGUCUGUCUCUCUUUGUUUUUCUCUAUCUAUGUGUGUCUCUUUUGUCUCCCUCUCUCUCUUUUUCUAUCCCGCUCCCUCUGUUCUGCAAAGUAUUGCAUGGUAAACCAGGAAAACACAUUUAAGAUCUUCCAUAGUUAAAUAAGCACAUUUAUUAUUUGAAAUGUAUAUAAAUUACCUAUCGAUGGUGAAUGUUUGUAUAUUUUCUGAUUUUCAUCACCAGUUUUGGUCUUAAGGGCUCUGAUAUCAUCAUUUUUGUCAUAAUCCUGAUUUACAUCUGAUUGAAAGCAGAUUUCAUAUUUUAUUCAUAAUAACCAAGAGGUCUGUGGGAUAAUGUUGCAUGUUGUAAAUUACUUUAUACUGAAUAUUUAUUCCUUUUGUUCUCUUGGGAAACAAACGGCCGUAGAACAUGUUCAGUUAUUAAAGAUACGUGCACCCCUGUUGAUGAUUUGUAAAGUCUGCUGCUUCUAUUGUUUUAGUCCUCGUGUUUAUUGUGUACAUGUCAGGGACUAUUUUUCUUCUGUAUUUGUUAAUGAAGCAUAAUUGUAAUAAACAACUCAGUGGAUCCAACUGAAUG